AUGGUGCCCAAGUGUCCCCGGGCGCUCUUCCUUCUGCUGCUCUUCCUCGCCUGCCCCGAAUCGCGGGCUUCCCAGAACUGUCUCAACAAACAGCAGUUCCUCACGGCUAUCCGCCACCUGCAGCAGUUGCUGAAAGGCCAGGAGACACGCUUCGCCGAGGGCGUCCGUCACAUGAAGAGCCGGCUGGCGGCCCUGCAGAGCUCUGUGAGCAAGGCGGGCCCAGAUACGCCCCCAGUUUCCUGUCCUGCUCUGAACACCCCUCUGGAUGGCCAAAAGUUUGGAAGCAAGUACUUAGUGGAUCACGAAGUCCACUUUACUUGCAAUCCCGGUUUCCGGCUGGUUGGGCCCAGCAGUGUGGUGUGUCUUCCCAACGGCACCUGGACGGCGGAGCAGCCCCGCUGUAAAGAUAUCAGUGAAUGCUCCAGCCAGCCUUGUGAGAAUGGUGGCACGUGUGUGGAAGGUGUCAACCAGUACAAAUGCAUUUGUCCUCCUGGAAGGACUGGGAGCCGCUGUCAGCAUCAGGCCCAGACUGCAGCCCCCGAGGGCAGCGAGGCCGCGGACACCGCCUUCAGCCGCGCGCCGCGAUGCGCGCAGGUGGAGCGGACGCAGCACUGCAGCUGCGAAGCCGGAUUCCACCUGAGCGGCGCGGCCGCCGACAGCGUCUGCCAGGAUGUGAACGAAUGCGAGCUCUAUGGACAGGAGGGGCGCCCCCGGCUCUGCAUGCACGCCUGCGUGAACACCCCCGGCUCCUACCGCUGUGUCUGCCCCAGUGGAUACCGGACUCUGGCUGAUGGAAAGAGCUGUGAGGAUGUUGAUGAAUGUGUGAGCCCACAGCCUGUGUGCCCCCGGGGGACUGUGUGCAUCAACACGGGCGGAGGCUUCCAGUGCGUCAGCCCGGAGUGCCCCGAGGGCAGCAGCAACGUGAGCUAUGUGAAGACAUCUCCGUUCCAGUGUGAACGGAACCCCUGCCCCAUGGACAGCAGGCCCUGCCGCCACAUGCCCAAGACAAUCUCCUUCCACUACCUGUCUCUGCCCUCCAACCUAAAGACGCCCAUCACGCUCUUCCGCAUGGCCACAGCCUCCGCCCCUGGUCGGCCAGGGCCCAACAGCCUGCGCUUCGGGAUCGUGGGUGGUAACAGCCGCGGCCACUUCGUGAUGCAGCGCUCAGACCGCCAGACUGGGGAGCUGAUUCUGGUCCAGACCUUGGAGGGGCCUCAGACGCUGGAGGUGGAUGUCGACAUGUCCGAAUACCUGGACCGCUCUUUCCAGGCCAGCCACGUGUCCAAGGUCACCAUCUUUGUGUCCCCUUAUGACUUCUGA